AUGACGACAUUAGUGAGAAAGAGAAGGCAUCAACAAGCACUAAGGCUCGCUCCAACACCACCUCCACCGAUGACUGCAGCAGCUGUCUUCACCCACAAGAGCAUCUUUCGGGCAUUGCCUCCAGCUUCCAGUCCUGACUCUCCCGGAAUUAUUGAAAACCUCUCUUAUCUCGAAAAAGGGGUUCUUGGCCACGGGGAUAAUGGCAGCAUCGUCUACAAAGUACGUCACAAGAAAAGCUCAUGCAUUUAUGCCUUGAAAGUCCUCCGGUUUGACAACAAUGCCGGCAUAGUUAUCUUGCAACAGGCGGCGCGUGGGGCGGAGAUCCUCAAACUUGUUGACUCGCCCUACGUAAUAAGAUGUCAUGGGGUUUUUGACAACGGGGCGUUCAUGAGUCCAGAUCAUAAUGACAAUGAGGGUCAAGGUGAUUUCUGUUUUGUGAUGGAGCACAUGGAAGGAGGCUCACUGCAAGAUGUGCUGCGAGCACGUCAUAGAUUACCGGAGCAAGUAAUCUCUGGCGUGGCGAAAUGUGUCCUCCAUGGACUGCACUAUCUACAUGCCAUGCAUAUUGUGCAUAGAGACAUAAAACCCUCAAACCUUCUCAUAAACGAUAGAGGGGAGAUCAAGAUUGCAGAUUUUGGGGUGAGUCACAUAGUUGCAGGUGCCCAUGAGCAUUGUGACUUGUAUAUGAGUACGUAUGCGUACAUGAGCCCUGAGAGGUUUGAUCCAGAGAGGUGGGGUGGUGACAAUGUAGAUGGUUUUGCUGGAGAUGUGUGGUCACUUGGAUUGGUGGUGUUACAAUGCUACAUAGGCCAGUUUCCGCUCCUUGAACCGGGGCAGAAACCGAACUGGCCAACAUUGAUGUGUGUGAUUUGCUUUGGGGAGAACCUGGAGAUGCCGGAGAUGGCCUCACCAGAGUUUCGGAGUUUCAUUUGGAGAUGUCUUGAGAAGGAUUGGAGGAAGAGAGCAAAAGUUGAUGAGCUUCUUGACCACCCUUUUGUGAAUAAAACUUGUUGCGCUUCAACUGAUCAAGAGCUCAUUUGA